AUGGCUCCAGCGGGGAUCCGCAAUGGCUCCAGCGGGGAUCUGCAAUGGCUCCAGCGGAGCGAGCGGGAAGCGGGGCCCGGCGGGGCUUUGCUGUGCAGCCGACCCAGCCCAGCUCCCGUCCUGGCGGGACCCUCUCCCCUUUACAGCAAAACCUACGGGAACGUCCUGGUCCUGGACGGAGUCAUCCAGUGCACCGAGAGGGAUGAGUUCUCCUACCAAGAAAUGAUUGCCAAUCUCCCGCUGUGCAGCCAUCCAAAUCCUCGGAAGAUUCUAAUUAUCGGCGGUGGCGACGGAGGCGUCUUAAGAGAAGUGGUGAAGCAUCCUUCAGUUGAGUCGGUAAUACAGUGUGAAAUCGAUGAGGACGUGAUCCAGGCCUCGAAGAAAUAUCUCCCGGGCAUGGCGGUGGGCUAUUCCAGCCCGAAGCUGACCCUCCACGUUGGGGACGGCUUUGAGUUCAUGAAGCAGAACCAAGAAGCUUUUGACGUGAUCAUCACCGAUUCUUCUGACCCCAUGGGUCCUGCCGAAAGCCUGUUUAAGGAAUCCUACUACCAGCUGAUGAAAACCGCCCUGCGGGAAGAUGGGAUCCUCUGUUGCCAAGGGGAAUGCCAGUGGUUGCACCUUGACCUCAUAAAGGAGAUGCGCCAGUUCUGUAAAUCUCUCUUUCCGGUGGUUGAGUACGCCUACUGCACCAUCCCGACCUAUCCCAGUGGCCAGAUUGGCUUCAUGCUUUGCAGCAAAAAUCCAAACACCAACUUCAGGGAACCGGUCCAGCUACUUUCCCAGGAAGAAGUAGAGCAAAUGAGCCUUAAGUAUUACAACUCGGACAUCCACCGAGCCUCUUUCGUCCUGCCGGAGUUCGCACGAAAGGCACUGAGUACCGUGUAAAAAACACCACCGGACAGCUUGGCCUCUUCCCUUGAACUUCUGGGAGGGGGGGGGUCUCAAAAAGUGGCAUCGUUCCUUCGGCGAUGGCUCGGCCCUCCUCCUGUCUGCGCUCCAGGCACCCUCUCUGCCAGCUGGACGUUCCUUCCUGUUAUGUAUUUAAAGAAAAGGACUUGGCGUUUGGCCCAUGGCAAGCGUCCAGAAUAUCUGCCCGGGCCUGGGUGGCAGGCUCUGCUGUUUCCAGAACGGAGUAUUCACCCAGCUGCCCGCCGGCCUUUCCUUUUUAACUGCCCCAACUUGUGGAUCUGUAUUUAUAGCUAGCAAAUAUAUGCCUCCCUUCCGGG